AUGUGGAAUCCGGCACUCGACUAUGCCGAGAUGCAGCAGUGCAAGGUCGACGGCUGGCGACGCUCCUUCUGCUUCUGGACCCCGAUGGGCCGCGGUACGCCCGACCUGCCGGGCCUGAUGCUGGCGCUCGAACAGGGCGGGGAGUGCGAAGGCAUGGCCUAUCGACUGUCGGCCGACCUGGUGCGCGGCGAACUCGCCCUCCUGUGGAAUCGCGAAAUGCUGGCGGGCCUCUACAAGGCGCGCUGGGUGCCGACCCGGCUGCGGGACGGACGUAUCGUGUCCGCCAUCUCGUUCGUGGUCGAUCCCGGGCAUUGCCAGUAUUGCGGCGACCUGCCGAUCGAACGCGCCGCCCAUCACAUCGCCUUCGCCGAGGGGCGCCGCGGCGCGUGCCGCGACUACCUGACCAACACCGCCGACCAUGCGCGGUCGCUCGGCAUACACGACCCCUAUAUCGAGGACAUGGUCUCGCGCGUUGCGCGCCUUCGCGAGCAGCCAUCGCCGGCCCGUCCGGCCGAAGCGCUGCCCCUGCACGCGCUGGCCAAGUAG